UCUUCCCAUAAUUUCAAUAGUAAUGAAUUUUAACGAAAACGCAGUAUUGUUUUGAUUGAACAAACCCUUCCGAAUCCAUCCCAAAAUCACAGUCUCGAAACCCUAGAAGAUUAAGCUCCCCCUUUUUCUUUCUCUCAUUUCCCUUUCAAAAAGGCUCCCUUUCCACUCCUACUCGGCGAUUGGAUCUCUGGGGUUUCGUUCUUUCAGCGAUUUCGAUCUUAUUAAACUCGAGGCUUUGGAAUUGUGAAUUCAGAUUGAAGUGAUUGGGGGUGUAAAGAGUUGAGUUGGCGCUGGCAAUGCCAUUGUUGUGGUUAGUGAGGAGCUAUUCGGUGAUUUUUGAGAUACCGAAAACGCAAAAUGUCUUGGGCAGGCCCUGAGGAUAUUUACCUUUCUACUUCACUUGCGAGCUAUCUUGACAAGAAACUUCUUGUAUUACUGAGAGAUGGUAGAAAACUCAUGGGGAUACUUCGCUCUUUUGAUCAAUUUGCUAAUGCAGUUCUUGAGGGUGCCUGUGAGAGGGUUAUUGUUGGUGAUCUGUAUUGUGACAUCCCUUUGGGUCUCUAUGUAAUCCGUGGAGAAAAUGUUGUUCUAAUCGGUGAGCUGGACUUGGAGAGGGAGGAACUUCCCGAACACAUGACUCGUGUUUCUACAGCAGAAAUCAAGAGGGCACAGAAAGCAGAAAGGGAGGCCUCAGAUCUGAAAGGGACUAUGAGGAAAAGAAUGGAAUUUCUUGACUUUGACUAGUCACAACCCUCAUUCAUCCGCAAAUAUUAUAGCGGCUGUUCUUCAUAUAUUUUGCUUUCUUUUUCUCUGCUAUUCAUGGGAGGGUUCAAUACUCUUGAUUUUUGUUCUGUAUUAUUAGCCUCAGGAAUCAUUACUAUCAUUCAUUUGCUUUCAAAAAAUUCUCAAUUAAUAUGAGCAUGAUUUCAAUUCCUCACCA